AACAUAGCUAAGACGGGGUCCCUUUGUUGCGUGGCUGCUAGGCCACAUGGCUCUAAUGCAGCCAGCAGGGAGUGGUCCCUGGGUCCAAAUGAACCCUAUUGGCGAACUAAUACAAGCUUCUCACCUCCACCAUCAAGAUGGGAUUUCCAGUUUCAACCUGAAGGGCUAUCAUUUGGUUCUCAUGAUGGUAAUCAACUGUACAAUUCUUCUACCUCAUCAAACAGCAGAGAAAGUAGGAGCUGGAUGAGAGGAAACCAUAUUUCCAAUCAAUACUCAAUAUCUGACACUGUUGGUCCAUACUUCAGUAGUCCAUCUGAAAUGUCGCCAGCCCAGCAAUGGGCUCCUCCAACAAUACAAGAAAUUAGAAUGGAUGAUUAUGGAAGUUCAUCAAGGAGAGUCCUAGGUCUAUUAUCAUUUUCACCAGCAAGGGAGGAAACAUCAGUUGUCCAAGAUAGCAGGGGUUCUACUUCAUCCCGAUCAGACAGUAGUGAUUAUGAGGCAAUGACCAAGUCACAGUUAUCCUCCCACCGCAAUUUCCCUAGUCGCCGUUGCUUUAUGUCCAAACCCAUUCACCCCCUGUCCUUUCCAUCUGAAACACCUGCAGGUCAAGCUGCUGACACAUCAGCCACUAGUUUUUCAGAGCUUGAUGCUGGCGUCCCUAGAAGAGAGUCUCAACGUAUUAGCAGCGCCAGUGGUAGUUUUGAUUUUACAGAUGUUUCUGAGCAAUUGGAGUCUGAUUCUUUCAGUCGAUUGUGUAAUCCGUCCGAUGGUUUUAAAUGUGCAUUGUGCGAGAGGUUUCUUUCACAGAGAUCACCCUGGAGUUCUCGUCGAAUUGUGAAAAGUGGGGACAUGCCAGUUGCUGGAGUUCUUUCAUGCCGUCAUGUUUUCCACGCGGAAUGCUUGGAGCAAACAACACCAAAGACGCGCAAAAGCGACCCUCCUUGUCCUCUCUGUGCGAGGUCAGAGGAAGAAAAUUCCCCCGAGCAGCGUGUUUUCUCCAAGCUGAAGAGCAGCUUCCCAAAGCUUCGACCCCUGAACGAGGACGGCCCAUCAAGGCCCUGGGGCUGCACUCAGGCAGGUGACUGUGUAGAAGGGGCUUUGCAAGCUCCUUCACGCAACACUAUGUUGUUACUCAAUAGGAACAGAAUUAGAAAGAAUCUGGCCUUGAAGGGUAGUUCAGGCAAGGAAUUUCCGGGGAAGUUGAGGAAGAUUGGCUCAUAUUCUUCCCCCCUCUUGAUUGGAAGGUCCGGAGAGCAGGGAACAGCUGCUGCUGGGUCAUCGAAGACAACACCGGGGCCGGGUAUUGGUAUGAAAUGACAAGAAUUCUGUAUGUAGUUUUGGUGCUGGAAUUUGCUUUUAUAUGUUAUUAAGCAGCAGGUCAGGUAUUGAUGAAUUAGAUGGGAUGAUAUGUUUGUGAUCAGAUCAGCCAGCAGCCGAAAUAUGGGAUGAGUUUCCCUUGGCUCCGGAGGGAGAGGGCAACUGCAUAUUUUUGCGACUUCUUUGAGUUACUAGCAUGUAAAAUCCUCUACUCUUGUCUGGGUCUCAUUGCAAGCAUGGGCAUGGGUGGUUUCGGACUAGUAAAAUGGCUAUUUAAUAGAGAAUGGCUUUUGUUGGUGUUUGGCUGAA